AUGGACACACUGCUGGGGCGAAACCUGAAGUUUUGCCUUCUGAUUCUGAACCAGCCUUUCAACAAAGGUCAUUUUCAUUGUCUGUGGAGCAAAGCUGCACUGAGAGCUUGUGCUGAUGGAGGUGCCAAUCGUCUCUAUUACAUCACAGAAGGAAGCCAGGACAGCUUCUUGCCUGAUUACAUCAGUGGUGAUUUUGAUUCCAUUCAGCCUGAAGUCAAGGAGUACUACAAGGUCAAGGGAUGUGAGUUAAUUGAGACCAUGGAUCAGGAUCUCACAGAUUUCACCAAGUGCCUUCAGAUACUCCAGAAGAAGAUAGAGAAGAAUGGCCUGCAGAUUGAUGUGAUUGUGGCUUUGGGUGGACUUGGAGGACGCUUUGACCAAAUAAUGGCAUCAGUGGAAACACUUUUUCAUGCAACAAACAUUACCCCUUUUCCAGUGAUAGUUAUUCAGGAGUGCUCGCUGAUCUAUCUGCUUCAACCUGGCAAGCACAAACUGCAUGUGGACACAGGACUGGAAGGCGACUGGUGUGGCCUCAUCCCCAUUGGGAACUCGUGCGAGAAUGUGACCACCACAGGCCUCAAGUGGAACCUCACUCACCAGGUGCUGAAGUUUGGAACACUGGUCAGUACUUCCAACACCUAUGACAACUCCGGAAUCGUGACCAUCGAGACUGACAAGCCUUUGCUGUGGACUAUGGCUAUCAAAACAUAAGAUCAGC